AGGACAUUGCGUCACUGUCUAUUUCCGGCGUCGUCUUGCAGCCGACAAACUUUUCCCACUUGCGGACCUUUGAACUUGGCUGGAAUUUUGAGGUGGAACACGUGGAAACACUACCAGGAAUGUGGCCGACGUGGCCAGGAGCUCCCUGAAUUGCGGAUCGUGCAUACAUUGUAGUGUGUUAAACCGGCAGAAUUAGUACACGUGCGAUGGGGGAGAGCGACGCUGUAGCCGUCUUUGCCAACCCGACUCGCAAAGUCUUUCCAGGCCGCAGGACAGCGGCAAAAAUCACGAGUCAGUUACCGUUUGAAAUCGCCGAAGACCCAGAAAUCGCGGACGCCCUCCGCUGUUUACCAUCAAACUACAACUUUGAAAUUCCGAAAACGAUCUGGAGAAUCCGGCAGCUAGGAGCUCGCACAGUCGCGCUGCAGUUUCCCGAGGGAUUGUUAAUAUUCGCGCUUCCCAUCGCAGACAUACUGGAGAGGUUCACCGGUUGCGAAGUCGUGAUUCUCGGCGAUGUGACGUACGGUGCUUGCUGUGUCGACGAUUACGCUGCUCGCGCCUUGGGCUGCGAGCUCAUGGUUCACUACGGACACAGCUGCCUCGUGCCCGUGGACCAAAUGAGCGGCUUGAAGAUGUUGUACGUGUUUGUCGACAUCAAGAUCGACGUGCUGCAUUUCGUAGAGAGCGUCAAGCGUAACUGGGGCUCCGACACUCGUCUGGCGUUCGUCAGCACGAUUCAGUUUGUGUCCACCAUACAGUCUGUCGCCGCCGAACUGAGGAAUGACGGCUACAACGCCAGGACGCCGCAAGUUCGACCACUGAGUCCCGGCGAGAUCCUGGGCUGCACCGCACCUAGCGUUGGCGACGCUGAAGUGGCCAUCUACGUCGGCGAUGGCAGGUUUCACAUGGAAGCUCUGAUGAUCGCCAACCCUGGCGUCAAGAUGUACAGGUACAAUCCUUAUGACAAGACGCUGACAGAAGAAGGGUAUGACCACGCGACCAUGCUCAAGGUCCGUCGGCAAGCCAUCGAGAAAGCAGCCUCAGCCGGUACCUUUGGUGUUGUCGUUGGCACCCUCGGGCGCCAGGGCAACCCAAAAGUUGCCGAUGGUUUGAAGAAGACCCUGCUGUCUGCGGGAUAUCCACCAAGGAAUGUUGUCUUCGUCUUGCUCUCCGAGAUAUUUCCCAAAAAGUUGGAACUCUUCAGCGGCGUGGAUGCUUGGGUUCAGACGUCAUGCCCCCGCUUGUCAAUCGAUUGGGGUCUCGCUUUUGCCAAGCCCGUGCUGACACCGUACGAGGCCAAUGUGGCUGUGAGGACUGCAGCUUGGAAGGAACGUUAUCCCAUGGACUUUUACGCCAGGGAUAGUCUGGGACCUUGGACACCAAAUCACAAGCCGCCUGUGUCAAAGGCUGACGAGAAGUGCCAGUGCAAACCUGCUACUUGAUGGCAACACUGGUGGAAACUUUCAAACCGAUCACUCCACUCGCACUGUGUGGCGUGGUAUUGUGCUAAAAACGUGAUAUUGUGCUUUUCAUAUCUCGGCACGCGAUGAGCAUAGCAACUGCUGUUGCUGCUGUCUGUAAAUAGUGUGCUAUAGUAGGAGCAAAUGCAAUUUGUGGUCAAGUAUCCAAUGUGUGUGUGUUGUUUUUUCAGUGAACCAAGUUCUUUUGGGAGCUGCUCUUGAAAUUAUUUUUGUAUUAACGUUUGAGGUCAGACCUUUUUUACCUACAGGUUCAGCAUCCAGUCAUGGCAGGACUUGCUUACCCUGUUAAAUGACAUGGAAGCUGAGGAGAGUUGCUAGAAACAGCUGCUACACAACUAAAAAUCAAGAUACUGUCAGUGUCACUUUUGCAUCAAUUAAGUUGAAAGCUGUACAAUAUGGAGGACCCAGCAGUGUGCUGUUGAACACUUGAGAUUGGUGCUAACAAUGAAAGAGCACUCACUGCUUUAUGGCCUCCUUUUUUUUUCCCUGAUCAUGAAGCACCAGAGGGCGCUGGAAUAUUACACUAUUGCUUGUUUUCUUUUUGUUACCAACUGUGAUUUCAAAUUAGCACUACAGCACCAAAAACUCUGUAUCUCUGUCACCGUAUCACUUCUUCCUUUUUCUCUUGUUCCCAUUCCGAAUGCGAUUACAUGAGCCUCGCUGCUAUUCUGUGCAUUUGGCGGCAUUGUCACAAAUUAUAUUUCGCUGGCUUUCUCUCCGUGCUGGAAAAAACUACAUACACUAUAUGUGAACCUUGCUGGAAGCACCUCAUUUUGAUAGCUCCUGCUAUUCUCUACAACUCCCUCAUUGACAUCUUCACAAUUAGAACAACAAUUAUAAGAGCUAGCUGAUUCAUGUAGAAAUGAUUAGCUAAAAGGAAAUGAAAGCGAACGAAAAAACAGCUCCUCUCCAGGUGGAAGCAGAACCCACAACCUCUGCACUACCCGUGCGUUGCACCAACAAUUGUGCUACGGCGGAGGCUGUUCAGCUGCCCACAUUCUUGGGCAUUUAUGUAUUUAGAAGACCUAAACAGGGGAGUGUUAGCCAGCGCCACUCAAGGCCAAGGCGGCUAGCACAAUCGGUAGCACAGCGCACGCGCGAUACAAAAACUGCGAGAUCGGCUCACACCGACAGCAAGUUGUUGUUUUGUCUGCUUUCAAUUCAAUCACAACCACAAAUAACUUCCCCUGUGCUUUCCUUGGCUUUGUUAAUUGUUGGCUUCAUAUGGUUGCGAUUAAUAAAAAUCAGUACUCUCGAUUCCCCUUCUUGCCCUAUGCAGAAUAGCAUGUUGUGGUCACGCACACGUGGGCAAAAAUCUCUACCUUCCAAUAAAGAGAGAGAGAAAACAUUUAUUUGGACCAUCGAGGUCGAGUGGGUGGUGUCCUCAUUCCAGGACUCCACUGGCCAUGGCUGCUCGACGAACUUGCUGGACGAGAGCUUCUUGUCCCGCUAGGGUAUCUCCGGUCAGCUGUACCUCCCACCCACUCAAAUGACGUGCUAGGCGUCUUUAAGUGUUGAGGUUUGCCUCCGUACCCAAGGACAUGAAGGUUCACGGCAUAACACUCCUUCCAAUAAAGAACUCUCUAGCUACAUGUGUGAUGCUGUAGGCUGCUGCACUGACAGCUCUGCCACAAAUGCAUCAGAGUGCUUUUGCAUUUCUGCAAAUAACUUUGGUAGCGACUGAUCAAGGUUAGUUGCCAAGCAUAAAUUUCUCGCUGGGUUUCACUGUUUAACGCUUCUGUACAUAGUUGCAUCCUAUAUAAUCACACUUUUUGCCGCGUUUCUGCACAAACACUUUUCUAUUGGCUUAGUUUACCCCCUUUGUAGCAACGGAAACUUGCUAAUUCUGUUGUUACUGUCAGUGUUUGCUGUGGUACCUAUGGUAAACUUUUUUCACAGGUCACUGAAUCGGAGCUCAGUUGCAUCUCGCAUUCGUGCACUCAUUUCCUUCAUUUGAAUGGAAUAUUUCACUUGCUUGGUAAAGUCAACUCUAAAAAAAUUAAAAUCUUUUUGUGCUUAUUGUAUCGCUAAUAGCGUGUGCCAAAUGACCAAAACAGCAUGUUGAAAGCAAAGCCUAUGGGUUUUGCCGAGGAUUACUUCUACUGGUUAUCAUGGCAUGCAACGAGAUCAAAUCAACACAAAUAAGCGCAACACAGACUGCUUUG